AGUUUAUAGCUGACUGCGAAACCCCUCUCACAAUACCCCUAAACCUGUCUAUACCUACAGUUAAAAUAAUAAUAUUAUAAAACCAAUUAUCCAAAUUAUUCAUUAGACUACAGUACAAAAUCAACCUCGUGAUACACAAAACUUUUCGGCUAUAAUGUUCCUACAAUUUACCUUAAAUCGCAGUUUGCUAUCGACGAAGUUUUACAAGAGGAUCAACAACAAUCUUUGAAGUUAAAAUAAUUUGUUAAAACAUAAUUUUACUAACUAAAUCAACGGGCACAUUGACUUUUUUCGUUAAACGCUUUUAUAACAUUUAAAUCGGGAGUUAAAGCUAUUGACAAACUGCAUCGGGCAAAACGAAACAUCUAAAGCAGACUCAAUGAUUUAACUUCACACCGUACCGCGAUUAUUUUAAUCAUAGGGCAACAAUCCAUCCAGAUUUUCAUUUGAAUUAGUAGUUUUGCAAUAAACUGGGCAUAUAUAAUACACAACGGGCUAAGUUUUGUGAACGUUAAUACAACAGAAUAUACAGAUACAGUGAACUUUUCGUUGGUUGUUACAUCAUUGACUUUUGGUUCGAUUUCGACAACGUUCUUUUCGCCAAACCGUUCGACUAAUAGAAAAAAAAUCUGUGAUCUAGAUAAAGUUUAAUUUGAUAAAUUUAGGUGUAUCUAAAAAAAUUGAAAUAUUUAUUUACGAAAAAAAAAGGAAACAAAAGAAGCUAAAUCGUAUUUUUCCAAAAUCUCGACUAGAGUGCCUUAUAACGUCGGCCUUAUCUCAAAAAAAAAUAUUUCCUAUUAGAAAAUUUGUAUAUUAAUAAAAAAUAGAAAAAAAAACAAAAAAAUAAGAAACUAAAAUAUACAUUGUGGCUUAUAUUUGGUACAAGUACAAAAUUGUUGAAAAUUGAAACGUUUUUAAAUAGAAAAUAGUCCAAAAUUAUCCUAAACGUGACUGUUUAAUAAACCCGCCUUCGACUUAAUACAUUAAUAUAAACAAAUCGCGACCGUAUUUAACUCGACUGUGACUACAUCUACCAGGACAAGGAUCUAUCUACAAUUAUACUAACCUACGAAGGGUCAACCACAGAACAUCUGCUAGUUAAAAAAUCGAAACAAGAGAAUAAGAGAGAGAAAGAAGAUCAGCCCUUCAGUCAUUUGCUUACAAUUUAACGACAUACACGUAUCUCAGUUAGUAUCGAAUCAAGCAACCGCUGAAAUUUAUGUGCAAUAAUUGCAACAAAAAAAAUUAGUACAAAUAUCAACGACGUGACGUUGGCCGUUCGAGUGACGGCAUUUUUUACAAUCGGUCUCAAAUAAACUGUCAAAAUUUUCACAACGGAGGAACAGAAUAUCCUUAGUAAUUUAAAAGUUGAACAUGAGAAUCUUGUAGCAAAGUGGCUGCAAAAUUCUUUCAAAAUACAAGAAAAUACCGCCCUCGAUCUCAGGGCGACACCGCUAACACCGCUACAGAUUCCAAUGGCGGAGGUUAACAACAGACCAGUUUUUAAGAUGAACAACGAUUUCUGGAAUCAAGCGCGAGGACCUCCUCAAAACCUGCCACAAAACUUAUCAAAUUCCAAUCAGAAUUCACCAGUGCCAGGAUCAACGAAUUCAAUACCAGCACAUUCACCAAGUCAGCAGAGCAAUAGCAGCCAAAUUCACGUUGUUACGCCUGGCGCCUUGGCUCUACAACAAGCUAAUCAGCAAACGCAACAAAAUAAUCAACAAAAUCACGCGCAACAACAAGUGCAACAACAACAAGCACAGCACAACGCUCAACAACAAGUGCAACAGCAACAAAAUGCGCAGCAACAAGCACAACAACAAGCGCAGCAACAAGCACAACAGCAAGCGCAGCAGCAGCAGCAGCAGCAACAGCAACAACAACAACAAAAUUCGCAGCAGCAAAUGAAUCAAUCACAACAAUUGAAUCAACAACAGACUAAUGGACCUACUCAACAACCUCAAUUAUCACCG